GCCGAGAACCGCCGGCAACCGACACUCGACAAAACUGUGCAAGUUAGUUGUGGUCGCAUUGAACUGUUAGUGAAAGAGCCAUGACAGAACGUGCACGCGUUCUACAGAAUUACAGGGAGAAAGAGUAAGUGACGGACGGUGAAAAGAGAAGAGAAUUUUUAGUUUCGCCAAAUAUUUGAUAGAUAGAUUUUUACAGGUGCAAGUUACAGGAUUUCGAAUGGUUCGAAUUUCUAAUUUUAAGCUGGAUCUGACGAUGAAGCAUUUUGCCAAAAACGCGUCAUCGUAUCGAUGACACGCUCAAUGACCCUGGCGAUCUGCUUCGUCUCGAUGAUGGCUCUGUCACUUGCCCAGACAUUCCAGUACAGUCGAGGAUGGACGAACGGUAAACGAAGCGGUCACCCUUUUCAGGGUCUCGGUGGACUUCCGAGCGAAUUUGGCGCCGCUUCUGCCGGAGGUGAGGCAACCGGAAGUCAGAUCGUUGACCUCCCGACACCCUGUCAACUCCAGAAGCUGAAGAUACUUCUGCGAGGAACUGCUGGAACCGAUCAGAUGUACUUGCUGCCCUGUGAAGUGAUUGGCAAUUCCGGGCUCCCUUCAUCCCCUGACUUUGCGCCAGCCGGACGUUUUAGACGUUCCUCAAAUCCUCAGGAGAAUAACGACAGCUAUUGAAACACAGUGUAUUGUCUCUUAUCUUCCCAUGUCCUUGUCAUGCCUGCCCUCUAAUAACUAAUUAAAUAAAUAAAAGAAAAAUUGCUACGUAUACACGAAUGUUCUGCACA